GCCAUUGUCGCCGCCGCCGCGCUCGCGAUAGCGCUCUCGCCUUAAAGGGGCCGCGCCACCGAACAGCCCAGCAGGACCGGAGGGGGGGGGGCCCACAGCUCCGGCACCGUCACAGCGCCCAGCCCUGCGCCUACCGCCGCCAUGAGGGAGAUCGUGCACAUCCAGGCGGGACAAUGCGGCAACCAGAUCGGGGCCAAGUUUUGGGAGGUGAUCAGCGACGAGCACGGCAUCGACCCCACCGGCACCUACCACGGCGACAGCGACCUCCAGCUCGACCGCAUCAGUGUCUACUACAAUGAAGCCACCGGGGGUAAGUACGUGCCAAGAGCCAUCUUGGUGGACCUGGAGCCAGGCACCAUGGACUCGGUGCGCUCGGGACCCUUCGGGCAGAUCUUCAGGCCGGACAACUUCGUUUUCGGCCAGAGCGGCGCGGGCAACAACUGGGCCAAGGGCCACUACACGGAAGGGGCCGAGCUGGUGGACUCGGUCCUGGACGUGGUGCGGAAGGAGGCGGAGAGCUGCGACUGCCUGCAGGGCUUCCAGCUCACCCACUCGCUGGGCGGCGGCACCGGCUCGGGCAUGGGCACCCUCCUGAUCUCCAAAAUCCGCGAGGAGUACCCCGACCGCAUCAUGAACACCUUCAGCGUCGUCCCGUCCCCCAAGGUGUCGGACACGGUGGUGGAGCCCUACAACGCCACCCUGUCGGUCCACCAGCUGGUGGAGAACACGGACGAGACCUACUGCAUCGACAACGAGGCGCUCUACGACAUCUGCUUCCGCACCCUCAAGCUCACCACCCCCACCUACGGCGACCUCAACCACCUCGUCUCGGCCACCAUGAGCGGCGUCACCACCUGCCUGCGCUUCCCCGGGCAGCUGAACGCCGACCUGCGCAAGCUGGCGGUCAACAUGGUGCCCUUCCCUCGCCUCCACUUCUUCAUGCCCGGCUUCGCCCCGCUGACGUCCCGCGGCUCCCAGCAGUACCGCGCCCUCACCGUCCCCGAGCUCACCCAGCAGGUCUUUGACGCCAAGAACAUGAUGGCCGCCUGCGACCCGCGCCACGGCCGCUACCUCACCGUGGCCGCCGUCUUCCGCGGCCGCAUGUCCAUGAAGGAGGUGGACGAGCAGAUGCUGAACGUGCAGAACAAGAACAGCUCCUACUUCGUCGAGUGGAUCCCCAACAACGUCAAGACGGCCGUCUGCGACAUCCCCCCCCGCGGGCUGAAGAUGGCCGUCACCUUCAUCGGCAACAGCACGGCCAUCCAGGAGCUCUUCAAGCGCAUCUCGGAGCAGUUCACGGCCAUGUUCCGCCGCAAGGCCUUCCUGCACUGGUACACGGGCGAGGGCAUGGACGAGAUGGAGUUCACCGAGGCCGAGAGCAACAUGAACGACCUGGUGUCCGAGUACCAGCAGUACCAGGACGCCACCGCCGAGGAGGAGGAGGACUUCGGCGAAGAGGCUGAAGAGGAGACCUAAAAAGGGGGGGCGGCCUCCGCUCAUCGUCCUCGGAGUGCCCUCGUCCGUCACCAUUGCCACCGUCAGCGUCGUCCUCGGAGAGCCCUCGUCCUUCAGCGUCGUCCUCGGAGAGCCCUCGGCCUUCAUCAUCCUCUUCCUCGGAGACCUUCAGCCUUCACCGUUGUCACCGCCAAGCCCUCGGCCGUCAUCGUCGUCAUCCUCGGAGACCUUCAGCCUUCAUCGUUGCCCGCAGGGAGCCCCUGGCUUCGGAGCAGCCUUCGGCCUCAUCAUCCUCAUCCUCCACCAUCAGGUGGCCCCCAGAGCCCCCCUCGUUCCUCCAAAACCCUCAUCCCUCACCGGGCAUCAGUCAUCAUCGCCGUUGGCACCAUCACCGCCGAGCCACCAGCCCCUCCGUGUCCCCCUCGUUGUCCCCACAUCCCCCCCUCGCCGGGGGGGGGGGGGGGGGUGACGGCACCACUAAAUUAUUGCAGCUCCCCCUCCCCGGGCAACCAAUUUGCCCCCUUCUUUCCCCAAAACCACUUCCCCGGCUGCAGGGGGUUUCCAGGGUGGCCCUGUCCCCGCCGUGUCCCUGGCUGAGGGCUCUCCUGUCCCCUCCGUGUCCCUUUUUCCCCCGAAUCCAUCCCAUUUUAUUUUUUUUUUUCCCCUUUUUAAGCUUUUUUUUUUUUUUCAUAUUGAAAAGCCGCCCCCGGGCGAGGAAUAAACCCGGGAUGCAAAGCCA